GAAGAGUUGUGGACAAGUAAGAUUUCUAAAUCUGAUGACUCUGACAUGGCACCGACUAAGUGUAAGUGUAGCGUAAUCAAUUCAGCCUUCAGAAAAAUGCACUUCUUUGCAAAUCUGUCCCGGUAUACCCAGGUCUUUAUUUUCACGGUCCCCAAACUCUUCAAUUCUUCUUUUACUACUGGAUCUGGUUACUUCCUCCUUCCAGGAAAGCUAGACCCAUUAAACAUUCACUUGAUUAAAGAAAACCCAUGAAGGAAUCAGAGUUAAGCACUGAACCAAUCGGACAAAAUCUGAUAAAACUGAUAAGCAAUCUAUGCUUCUCAGUUUUUGUGUUUUCAGUGUUGAUAUUUACAGUUAUUGCUAUCACUUACCAACCCCCAGAUCCAUGGCUUGAAUCAGCUCCGGCCUUAACCAAGCUCUUCACUCAAACUGAGAAUGCCACUUUCAAAAACGACGAUUCUAUCCUUAAAACUGGUGAGGAUGUAGUUCUUGUGGCAGCUCCUGAAGUGCCCCCUGCUUUGGCAAUCAAUCCCAUCACGGAAACCGUGAUCGAGAAGUCCGAAGAGAAAAUCUUGAAUUUGAACCUGAAAUCAGAUUGUGAGGACCUCAAGUUUGUAAAUUGUUCAGAUCCACGCGUUUUAGUCACAGUGGAGAGAUUCAAUUUGAAAACUUUCAAAUUUAUUGUGUUUCUGGAGUAUCAAACUCCGGUCAGUGGGUCAAAACUGGAUGAGUGUGAUGUGGCUUGGAGGUUUAGGAACAAGAAAGAGAAGUCGUGGAGGAAGUACAGAGAUUUUAGAAGGUUCAAGUUCGGGAUCGGAGAGAAUUGUACCUAUAACGUGGUACAUGCUGGUGGCUGGCAUUCAGGAAUUAAUGCUCGGAGGCCUAGGAAUAGACCUAACACCACAAGUAGUAGUGGGAAUCUAAGGCUCGCACCACCGGUAGGCGAUGAAGAGAUAAAUGAUACUAUUCCAACUUUGGGAUCGGAAAUGAACUUUAGAAAAGGGAAGUAUUUGUAUUAUGCACGGGGAGGGGACUACUGCAAGGGAAUGAAUCAUUACUUGUGGAGUUUCUUGUGUGGUUUGGGGGAGGCUAUGUAUUUGAAUAGGACAUUUGUGAUGGACUUGAGCGUAUGUUUAUCGGCAACUUAUAAUCCAAGCAAUAGGGAUGAGGAGGGAAAAGAUUUCCGGUUUUAUUUUGAUUUUGAGCAUCUUAAGGAGGUAGCAUCUGUUGUGGAGGAGAGUGAGUUCUUGAGAGGUUGGAAGAAAUGGAAUAGGGGCCGUAAAAGAAAAGUGCCAGUCAAGAAGGUUACAACCUAUAAAGUCACACCUAUGCAACUUAAGAAGGAUAAGAGCACGAUAAUUUGGAGGCAGUUUGAUGCACCAGAGCCGGAAAACUAUUGGUACAGGGUAUGUGAGGGGCAAGCAGCUAAGUACAUUCAGAGGCCAUGGCAUGCUUUAUGGAAAUCAAAGAGAUUGAUGAAUAUAGUGACUGAGAUCAGUGGACAAAUGGACUGGGAUUUUGAUGCUGUUCAUGUGGUUCGAGGGGAAAAGGCACAAAAUAUAGAACUCUGGCCGCACUUGGAUGCCGAUACCUCUCCUGAUGCUCUUCUCACAAAGCUCAAAGUAUUGAUUCAGCCUUGGAGGAAUCUUUACAUAGCAACAAACGAGCCAUUCUAUAAUUACUUUGAUAAAUUAAGGUCUCAAUAUAAGGUCCGUCUGCUUGAUGACUACAAGGAAUUAUGGAGUAACAAGAGCGAGUGGUACAAUGAGACAACAUUGCUGAAUGAUGGGAAACCAGUUGAGUUUGAUGGAUACAUGAGAGUUGCUGUGGACACUGAGGUACUUUACCGGGCGAAGACGCGUGUAGAAACCUUUUACAAUUUAACUAAAGAUUGCAAGGAUGGAAUCAAUACAUGCUGACGAGGUUGUGACCUACCCCUCUGUCUUUUCUUCCUUUUUAUGUCUUUACACUUUCUUGAUUCUGGUACAAAAUAUAAUUGUGGAGACUAAUUCAGGCUUGAUGUGUUUCCUUGAUUUUCAUUAUUAUCAUUAUUAGUAUAGUCGUUCAUUACAA